AUGGAGGACGAGCCACGACGAUUCUUCGGUCCAAGCAAGGAUGUCACUUUGGGAGAGGUGGGCGGCAUCGUGCCACCGCGGAUGGGGGAGCCACUAAACAGCCUCGAUGCAGAAGCACUGAUGUCCGUGGUUGGGCCCCCUGAACUUCCUGAAGCUUGGAAGCAGGGUUUCUUCUUUGCAGGCUACCAGCCCUAUGGCUUGCAGCAGGUGAAUGGAGGGCCCUGCGGAGUUAUUGCUGUCGUUCAGGCCUUUCUGAUUCGCUCCUUGCAUUUCCGAGCUGCGAGCGCCGCCGCGCUGCUAGAGGUCGACGAGAGCCUUCGCAUGGAAGCGCUGAUGGAUGCUAUCGCGGAGGUUCUUUUCAGAAACGUGGGUGACAACAAAAAGGCUUGUGUUCUCGUGCCCAGCUCAUCAUCAGCUAGCAUUCUCAACGUGUCGCAGCUGCGGUGCUUGCAGCCUGCGCUGUUCACCUCCUACGACCAGCUGAGAUACUUUCUCAGCCAAAGGCCAUACAGAGACAUUUUCUUCAACCCUUCUGGCUGUGGAGUUCCAAUCCUUCUCUUCUCGAUGGUCUGGACUCGCACCGUGGAGGGCUGCCGGGAGCGGGAUUUCGAUGACCCGAAGACUGGGACCAUGAUCGGCGGCCACGGCUACUGCACGCAGGAGCUGGUGAACUUGAUGAUGUUCGGCCGUGCCUACAGCAAUGUCUUCGAUGGUACGAAGCGCCUUGGCAGUGCCAAGGACGGCUGGAUGGUGCUACAGGGCGCGCCGCGUCGACCGAACAUCGGCUUCCUGUCCCUUUUCGAGGCCUACGCGUGCAUUGAGGUUGGCUCGCGGUACAAAGGGCCCAGCAGCCCUAUCUGGGUCGUUUGUGCCGAGUCUCACUAUACCGUGCUCUUCUCUGCUGAUGGCGGCGUGAACCCGCAAGACACCGACAAGGCGCUGGACCUCUUCUACUUUGACCAGCUGGGUCGGCAGUCGGAGCGUAUCCGCCUGACAGUCAUCCCCAAGCAGCUGCCUGCACACCUCACGACUGGCUUCGAGGAAAGCGAGUCCAUGAUCGAUCGGUGUAUCCGCACGAAGUGGAAGGAAGCUACCGUCGAUUGGAACGGCAGUGAGAUCAUCCUGUAA